CUCGGAGGCUAGGGCCAGAGGAGUUAAAAGGUAAACCUGGAUUACUUAAGUCUGUGAGAAUUCAGCAUGGAAUGUUCCUACUGUUUCCUGGGAUUCCUGUUUCUUGCUGCAGGAUUGCCACGUGACGCCGCCAAACGAUUCCAUGAAGUGCUGAGCGACAAAAAACCUUCUGCUUAUAUGAGGGACUACAACCAAUUAAAUGGCUGGUCUUCAGAUGAAAAUGACUGGAAUGAAAAGCUCUAUCCAGUGUGGAAACGGGGAGACUCUAGGUGGAAAAACUGCUGGAAAGGAGGCCAUUUGCAGGCGGUCCUGACCAGUGACUCCCCAGCACUGGUGGGCUCAAAUAUAACAUUUGUGGUGAACCUAGUAUUCCCCAGAUGUCAAAAGGAAGAUGCCAGUGGCAACAUCGUCUAUGAGAAGAACUGCAGAAAUGAUACUGGUUUGUCUCCUGACCCGUAUGUUUACAACUGGACAGCAUGGACAGAGGAUGGUGACUGGGGAGAUGGCACCCACCAAGGCCAUCACAAUGUUUUCCCUGACGGGAAACCUUUUCCUUACCCCCCUGGAUGGAAGAAAUGCAAUUUUGUCUACGUCUUCCACACGCUUGGUCAGUAUUUCCAGAAAUUGGGACAAUCUUCAGCGAGAGUUUCUAUAAACACAGCCAAUGUGACACUUGGCCCUCAACUCAUGGAAGUGGCUGUCUAUAGAAGACACCAUCGGGCAUUUGUACCGAUUGCAAGAGUUAAGGACCUGUAUGUGGUAACAGAUCAGAUUCCUGUAUUUGUGACUAUGUCCCAGAAGAACGAUCGAAAUUCAUCUGAUGACACCUUCCUCAGGGACCUCCCCAUUAUAUUCAAUGUCCUAAUUCAUGAUCCUAGCCACUUCCUUAAUGAGUCUGCCAUUAAAUACAAGUGGAACUUCGGGGAUAACACUGGUCUAUUUGUUUCCAACAAUCACAUUUCAAAUCACACGUACGUGCUCAAUGGAACCUUCAGCCUUAACCUCACCGUGCAAGCUGCAGUGCCUGGACCUUGCCCUUCUCCCUCACCCAGACCUCCAAAACCCACCCCUUCUUUAGGUCCUGCUGAUGACAACUCCUUGGAGCUGAGUGAGAUUCCUGAUGAAAGAUGCCAAAUUUACAGAUAUGGUUACUUUAAAGCCACCAUCACAAUUGUAGAGGGAAUCCUGGAAGUUAACAUCGUCCAGAUGACAGAUGUCUUGAUGCCAGUGCCACAGCCUGAAAACUCCCUGAUGGACUUUGUCGUGACCUGCCAAGGGACCAAUCCCACAGAGGUCUGUACCAUCAUUUCGGACCCCACCUGCCAGCUCGCCCAGAACUCAGUCUGCGAGCCUGUGGAUGUGGACAAUAACUGCUUGCUGACAGUGAGAAGAGCCUUCAGGGGAACUGGCACGUACUGUCUGAACCUCACUCUGGCCGAUGCUACAAGUCUGGGCCUUACAAGCACCCUCGUUUCCGUCCCUGUCCCUGACCCAGCGUUCCCUUUAAGAGUGGUAAAUGGGGCCCUGAUCUCUGUCAGCUGCUUGGUGAUACUUGUCAUUGUGGUCACCCUCAUGGUGUACAGAAAACACAAAGAAUACAAACCAGUAGACUACAGUCCUGGGAAAGUGGCCAAAGGCAAAGUCCUGAAUGCUCUCUUCAACCAGGCAAAGGCCACGUUCUUCCGCGGAAGCCAGGAGAAGGAUCCGCUGCUCAAGAACCAGCAGGGAAUUGUUUAA